CAUCUUUCAUACACACACAAUCGUACGGUACCUCUUCAUUUAAAAGCUCUCAUUUUGGGCACUGUUUUCCUCUUCAAAUGUGGAAAGGUUUCCAAUAGAAAAUUAAUUGAUGAAUAUGUUCUUCCCUCGACUUUUUCUUCAUUCUCUCUUGGUGGUUUGCUUUGCAAAUUUUACUUUUGGAGCUACUCGAUUGCCACCAGAUGAAGUACAAACUUUAGCUGACAUGGCAAAGACACUGGGGAAGCCGAACUGGAAUUUCAGUGGAGAUGCAGAUCCAUGCAACAAUCAAAAACCAUGGACUGAUACCCAUCCGGUCAAAGGAUUUGAGUAUAACGUCAACUGUAGUUGUUCCAUUGCCAAUCCCACUGUCUGCCAUAUUACCAGCAUAGUUAUGAAAGCUCAGGAUUUGCAAGGAACACUCCCAAAAGAGAUGGCCAGGCUCACCUAUCUCGAAGAAAUCGACCUCACCCGCAACUACCUGAGUGGUACCAUUCCUCCAGAAUGGGGCUCCCUUCCACUUGUCAACAUUUCCCUUCUUGGAAACCGUUUGACCGGUCCUAUCCCCAAGGAGCUUGGAGACAUCACCACCCUGAAGAGUUUGGACAUCACUAUGAAUAAUUUCUCUGGAGUGCUCCCUUGGCAGCUUGGGAAUUUGCCCCUCAUAGAAAGAAUGCUUCUUACCUCAAAUAAUUUUACUGGGGAGUUGCCAGAUACAUUUGGAAAUCUUACCACACUACAAGACUUCCGGGUGGGUGACUGUCACUUUUCUGGGCAGAUACCUGAUUUUAUAAAGAACUGGACAAAUCUUAACAAACUAGUGAUUCAGGCUAGUGGUUUGACGGGGCCAAUUCCUUCCAACAUUUCUCUUUUGACAAAAUUAACUGACUUGAGAAUUACUGACUUGAGUGGGCCUGAAGCACACUUUCCUCCACUUGAGAAUAUGAAAGGCAUGAGUACACUGAUGUUGAGGAGUUGCAAUAUUAGUGGACAGCUACCUACAUAUCUCCGGGACCUGACGAAGUUGAAAACUUUAGACCUCAGCUUUAACAAGCUAACUGGGGAUAUUCCAAGCAACUUUGAUGCUCUAGCAGACGUGGAUUAUAUAUUCUUAACUGGAAACUUGCUGACUGGACCCGUGCCUACUUGGACGAAAGAAAAUGUGUAAGCUUCUCUUCCAAAGUCUAAUCUUUAGUUAUUUAGUAAGGAGAUUUAUG